CAGGCCCCCACGUGCCAGCAAAACACCAUAGCAACAACGUUUUUCCAAACAGAGAGAUUUUCUUUCUUUUGCAGCUGCUGGUCGCGAUGGGAUGCAGUCAGAGCAGCUCGUCGGCUGUCGAGGAAGGUAUUGAGGAGGUGGCAAAGCGGCGGCAAUCCGUCGUAGCACCGCCUCCUGUCAUACGGGUGAACGUCGGCAGCAACGUCAAAUUCCAGCCUCCGCCACACACCAAGAUUGUUGCCAUCCUCGGUGGUCCAGGAUCGGGGAAGGGUCGCAUGGUGGCCAAUCUUCGCUCCAUGUUUGGUAUGAGGCUAAUCUCCGUGGAGAGCAUCAUCCUCAAGUACCUCCCCAAGAAGGUGGCUCACUCGAUGAAGAUCAACUCAGUCGAUGAGAUAGCCGAUCUGGUGAGGAAGGAGCCAAGCCACGUGUCCCUGGAGUGGGUCCUGAGACUGCUCCAGCACUACAUUGAGUCUGAUCCUGACCAGAUCUUUGUGGUUGACCUCGUCCCCAGCCUCAGGUGGCUCCUGAGAGACGAGCACCUCAUCAAAGACUGCUCAACUGAGCUGGAGAAUUUCGAGUCUCGCUGUCCAAUCUCCUUUGCCAUCCACCUCUCACUCGGACUGGAGUCCCUGGACAAUACAUUGGACUACUCCCACCACAAUGCCCCAGCACCCCCAGGGGCCACCGUCGGUGACGAGGCAGACAACGGGAGAGCAAAGGCAAGCUACUCUUUCACUACAUACAAAUCCUGGUCUACUGUUCAUCCAACACAAGAGAAAUUUUAUCCACGCAAGAAUGAAUUUUUGGUGCCUUAGGCUUUCUAAGGUGGCAGUCAUAAGCAAGAACCAAGUAACAAGUGCGAGCUAAUCUUUACUGAGAUGUUUUCUGUCUGGUAAUACAGUGGAACCUCCGAUAAGGGGCCCUCCGAGAUAGGGAUGACAUCUCUACAAAGGCACUUGUUUCAACCCCAUGCUUUAGUGUAUUAUUUCACAUCCGAGAUAGGGACGACCUCUCUACAAGGGACAAAAUCGUUGGCCCCAUAGUAUCCCUUGUUCGGAGGUUCCACUGUAGCCAAACAUAUUAUAUAUUCACUAAAUUCUCUUAACACACACACAUACAGCGGAGGUUCCAUAUGCAUGAGAAUGCGUGCAAGGCAUUUCUGGAGUACUUCUCGUCCAGUGACAGACUCCUGUCCAUAGAUGUGUCGUCAGGAGCAGAGGAGCCUAUCUGGGACAAGACCCAUGAGUUCUUUACUGGACUACAGCUGAAGGCAUGGCGACCGGUCAACAGCAUGCUGGUCUUUGCCAUGGGUACGUGGGCAUUUCCAGCACAAUCUCAGUCACAAAGCACAUUACACACAACAUGUUGAAUUGGAGCCGAGUUCAUUCUGAUUCGAGGUUGUUUAGUCGGUUGAAUUGUAGCAUAAACACAUUCCAGAUGAGUACAUGAAGGUAUUAGACCAUGUGAUGCCAAGAGAAAAAAGAUGUCAUUCACAGUUGAGACAAUCAGGAGUAGGUCAAAUUGUUGUAGAAAUAUUUU